AUGGCGUACCCUGCGUACGAGGCAUACCCUCAGCUUCACCGCUCCCUGUCCUAUGGGCAGCAGUACGGCUACCCUCGUGGCGAUUACGCCGCCUACGAUCAACCGAUGGCCGCGAUAACCCCGGGCGUGUACGGAGAGUGUCAGACGUAUCCCCAAACCACCUACCCUAUUUAUGCCCCACAACGCACAGCUAGUCAAUACGCAUACGAUGACACGAAUUAUCGGGACUCGUACUUCCCUGAACACUAUCAAUAUUCAUCCUCCGCCUACGGGACACCUCACGCGACCCGCAUGAACCGCCGCAGAUCGUCGAUGUCUCGUCGGCGCAUGCAUCCCGAUGGCUAUCGGCGCAUGGGCAGCACGCUCAUCAAGUUCAAGCGCAAGGGUGGUUUCCGCUCCGGAAUCACCCUCGGCGAGGCCAUGUCGAACGCCCACCUUUCUGGAAACGACUCGUACACGAUCUACGAUCUGAAUGCUGACCACAGGGGAAAGAUCGUUCUCAAGCUCCGGUGGACGGGCUACACGUCGAUGACGUACGAGUUGCCUGUGGACGGUUAUGAUGGCCGUGUCGAGCUGCAGACGCUGGCGAGGAGGGUAGCACGAGCAUGCGUGCACUUCAUUCAACUGAGCUUUUUCAAACGUCUGACCAUAGAGCUUUAUACCUCUUUGCAUCAUAAAUUGCCGGACGGAAAAUACACGAUCGUGGCCUCCUUUGUCCUUUCUCGUCGAAAAGCCCUCAAAGUCAUCUCUCUUGCCACUGGUUCGAAAUGCCUCCCAACCGAGAAAUUCACAGAGGAGGGAGACGCGCUACAUGACAGCCACGCAGAAGUUCUCGCUCGCAGGGGUGCCCAGCGCUGGUUUCUGGAAGAGAUCCAGAGGAUCAGUUCUGGUGAACACGACUCGCCUUGGGUCCGAAAGACAACGGAUGAUAUGUUCGAGCUGUUGGAUAACGUAGAAAUAACUUUGUACAUCUCUACUGUCCCAUGCGGUGAUGCCUCGACUCGUUUUCUGGCCUCGUUUCAGGAUACAGAGAUGGCAGCUCUAAAGGACUCGACUAAAUUUCCAGAGCUUUUGCCCAAUGUCGCAUCGAGAGGCAGAGACAACUACUCGCUUUAUGGGGUCUUGCGCACCAAGCCCGGACGCGCAGACUCACCUCCUACUAUAUGCAUGUCUUGCAGCGAUAAAAUUGCUCGGUGGAACGUCUUGGGUAUACAAGGGGCCAUCGGAUCUCACUUCCUACGGCCGGCAUAUAUUUCGACUGUCAUUCUCGGCGAGGUCGAGGAGCACAGGCAAGAUAUGACCCUAGAAGAAUGUCAAAGGGCAUUCCAUGGUCGUCUUGAUGCGUUGGACUAUGUCCUAGCUGUGUGCUGGAUUGCGGAUUCUCCGAAACACGAGUUAUACCAACAGACAGCAGAGAAACUGGCGCCGCCAGCCCCACUAGCAAAUUACUAUGUAGCAAAGCAGUCUGCUAAGGUGUAUCAGUUAGCAAAGAAUGUCCUGCAGGGUUGUAGUAGCCCCUUCGCCGGAUGGAUCACUAGUGGAAAACGUUGGGAAGAUUUCAAUUGCUGA